AUGUCAGCCGGGACAGUGGUCAUCGCAGGAGGAAUUCUGGCUACAGUCAUCUUACUGACCAUUGUCGCUGUACUGUGUUUAUGUAGGUUGCAGUAUUACUGCUGUAAGAGGGAGGAGUCUGAGAAGGGGGAAGAGGAGGAACCAGAGCUCGCCACCAUGUCGCCGACCCGCCCUCUGGCUCUGUCCGCUCCCCCUACGCCUCCGAGCCCAGAUCACUAUGGUGACGAACCGGAGACCUACCCACCCACCUUCCUCACUGAAGCCAAUGGGCCUGCCAGCUACUCCCCCGACCCGCCGCCACGCAGGUGCCAGCGCUCACAUGCCUUCUGCCCGUCCUGCGCCCGCUGCUCGCUGCCCUUCUACUUGCAGCACCCGGAGAGGCUGUGCAAUGGCGGCCGCAGGAUCAGCUACAGGACUGUGCAGCAGCAGGACCUGGAACUGCCCAUGGACCUGGCUAGCUUCUACCAGAAGCUCAACCUCAUCCGCUCCGUCACCAUGAGGGAGGUGGUCACCCACAGCGUCAGCACCGACGUCUAG